UUGAAGGAUAAAUUAACAAAACUCUCACUGGAGGGCAAAGGGGCGGCUCCAGACAUUGAGCAUCUUGAAACAGCCAUCGAAAGGACGGAAAUGGGGCUAAGGAUGCACAUUGAGAAGUAUUUAGAUGUUGUAAACCAACAUGUGUUAACGACUCCUGUUCCUAACGAGAGCUUAUAUUCUCCUCAGGCUUCUAAAUGGCAACUUCCAGACAUACUUAAUCAGAAAGCAUUUAUUUUCCCUCUGCAUCCCGGGGAUAAACUUUGGCUGCCUCAAAAGCAGCACAGUUCGAGUCCACAGAUCUUCCGGAGAGCGCAGGCCUUUUAAAACUCCUCCUUUUAUGAACAUAGGCGAACAUUCCCAGAAUUGAAC